UUCACGAAUUAUGAUGGUUGAUGAUGAAAUCAGGAAUUUCAAAAACAAAAAAUGACAAGAAAAUUUCUUUUUUUUUAUCGGACAAGAAAUUUCGAGAACAGACAGCCGACAAAAUUUCAUUGAUGAUGAUGAUGACGAUGAUGAUGCCAACGUCAACAAGCUCGAAAAUGAUUUUCAGAAUUUGUCCGUUAGUCGUCGCUAGUGUGACCAUCAUUUGAUCGUUUUAUUUGAAUGAGAAUAUUCUUCAAACACACACACACGUGUUGAAAUUUAAUUUUGUUUUGAUUCAAAAAAUUUGAUUUUUAAUUAAAAAAAACACAAAAUGCUCAACUUGCCUGGAUCACGUAAAUAUGAUGACCGGAAAAAAUUAAAAUCAUUGAUUACAAAAACCAAACGUCUAACAUUGAUUUAUAAUGAAAAUUUCAAACAGAUUUUAUCAAGUUUUCAAUCAUUUUUCAAUAAUAAAUCAUCAAUGAAAAAUGUGGAAAAUACAGAUUUAAAUCAAUGUAUACGACAAUUAUUAUCGUCUUUGAGAUCUAUACCUCCUCCUCUAUUACUAGAAAUUGAUGAUGAAAUUGAAAAAUAUGUGAUAAAAAGUUUGAAUCGACUGCAGAAAAUCUAUUGUGAUGAUUCCGUUUUUCCUGAAACGGCCAUUCUUUCAGCAUUCUGUACACCAUUCAUAUUGAUGUCAUUUUUAUCGUUAAAAUAUCGUUCAAAUAUUGAUCAUGACAAGAUAUGUAGAAUUUCAUUUGUUCUUUACACUCAAAUGUUUGCCCAAUCCAUUGAGGAUGAUGAAUUUGUGGACAAAAUUCAACAAAUUAUCGGACAAACAAAUCCGAUUGUCAUUGUUGAACAUGUUCGCCAACAGAUUGAUCGUAUCGAAUCAACGACCACAUCGUUUUGUCAAGCAACAUUUUAUUAUGGAAUUUUAAAUUGUGUACCAUUUUUCAAUGUUCUCAUUGAAGAUUCAAUUGAAAUUUUUGCAGAAAUUUUCAUGAAAUUAAUACGAUUAUGUCGUAUAGAAACAAAACAAACAUUUCAAAUUUAUCGUUUAUUGAAUCAAUAUCUUAAACUGUUAAACGAUCAUCAGCAUGUUAUUGAAAAUCAAAUUUUAAAUAAUAAAAAUUUAAAAAAUUUCCUCUCAAAUAUUGUACAAAAAACAUUAUCGAUUGUCGAUAGUGAAUGGGAAAGUCCAAUAAACGGCGCCAUCACGUUGAUGAAAGAAAAUUAUCAAUUUUUAAUCAGAUUUAUCAUUCAAACCCGAUUGGAAGAUGAAAAAUUUAUUGAAAAAAUAUUGAUCGAACAAAUCCAAUCAGCAUCACAAUUACCAUUCACAAGUAAAGCUAAAUAUAAAAAAUUGGCCGUUUUAACCGAAUUUUUAUCCGUACAAACGAAAAAUGAUCAAUUUAAGCUAUUACCUGGAUCGCCUUUCGAAAUGGACAGCAAUUUCUCCGACAAAAUGAUUAAACAUUUAUCAAUAACAGCCAUAACCACCAGUAUUGCUGAUUAUUAUAAAUGUACAAUUUCUUGGAUUCUUUCAUCCACUCGAAUUGAUAAUAACCAGCGAAAUAUCCAAGAAAAAUGGUCACAACUAUGGCUACGGCCUAUUACACAGAUAUUCCGAAAUGAUCAAAUACAAUUUAUGAUUGUUCAUAACAUCAUGAUGGCAUCGAUUCUUCCGGCAACACUGCAACAUAUUCCACAAUCAAUGUCUUUAAUGAUGGAAAAACUUUCUGAUUGUCCGUAUGGACAAGUAUGUCUGAUACGAAUUUAUUUGGAAAAAUACAGUCAAAUCACCGAAUCAUCAUCAGCAUAUAAAUUGCCAUCAAUAAAUUGGCUAAUAACUAUUCUUACCAAUCAAGAUGAUAUGAUCCGUGUGGAAGGUUUAGCAUUAUUGGCUGAUGAAAAAUUGAUCAAAAAAAAUCGACCAAUUGUCUGCGAUUUGAUAUUACGAUUUUUACGUAACAACCUGAAUGUUGAUAAUUCAUCAUUUAGACAACGAAUGAUUCGUGUAUUGGAACGAUUUUUUUUCAAAAUCAUCACCUGUCUUUGUGAUCGAUAUGGUGGUGGUGUUGGUGGCCAUUCACAAUCGAUUAAUCAAGAACAUAAACCAUUAGUAUCGUUUAUAUCGAAUACUUUACGAUUAUUGGCUAUAUCACUUUCACCUGGUUCAUCGUUUCAACGAAAAUCAACGGCAUUAAAUCUUAUAGCAGCAAUUAUAACGUUGAUUAAAAGUGGUGAUUAUCAUUUAACAAUACGAAGACUAUUGACAAAUGAUGACCAUGAUCAACAGGAACUAAUUGAACCGAUUCCAAUUCGAUUUAUGUUACUAUAUGGAAUUAUUGAUAAAGAUGAUAAAAUUCGACGGUCAACAAAUGAAAUUUUGAUUCAAUAUUCUAAAACUUCAUUAGUGAUUGGUCAAGAUGAUCGAUAUCAAUUUUUUUCCACGAAAUCUGUGGAAAAUUUAUCCAUACAUUAUGGUCGAUCGUUUCGUCAUCAAGAAUGUCAUAUUGGUGGAUUAUUGUGUCGAUAUUUGAUUCAAAUUAAUCCAGUGGAAAAUAUUCAUCAUAUUUUUACAUUGGUUAGAAAUGCGAACAAAUUAUUCUAUUCAGAUUCAUUUCGUAAACAAUUGUUGCAAUCAUCACAAACGAAUCCAUUACAUGGUUGGUUAUUAACAUUGAAUCAAUGUUUAGAUUUUGAUAAUCUUGCCCAUCAUCUAUUGGACAUGAAUCCUUCAUGCCAAAACGGUCCAAUAAAUAUACGAUACAAAAUAGUUGAACCGACCAUUGAAUUGUGUUUUGAUGUAUUGGAAUAUUUCCUUGCAUUGUUGACGCCAAAAAACGGCGAUGAAGAUGUUGAUUUUGAAUAUCCAGCUGAUGAUGGUGAUGGUGAUGGAAAUUAUUCUUCACCAUCAUUUUUAGAGAUGAGUGAAUCAAUUCGGCAAAUUGUCCAAAAAGAAACUGAAUUUGAUAAUGAGAAAGAUUUCACAAUGACCAAUGAAUUUCAAUUGAUUCUAUCAAUGUGUUGGCUUAAUAUGAAAGAAAGUUGUUUUUUAAUCGCCAAUUUAUCCAAAUUAUCGGCUGAUUUACUUUAUUGUAUGAUUAAUCGAACCGAUUACAAGGAUAUUCGUGAUUUUCUUCUGUUAUCAGCUGAAAAACUAUGUCAAAGUAUCAUUCGUAUGGUGAAUCUAAUGCAACGUUGCCGUCAUCGUGGUGUCAUCGAAGCUUGCAGUGUUUCAUUGACGAAAUUCACACGAUCAUUAUUGCGUAUUUAUUACUAUCUUCAUCAGAUGGUAGCAUCGAAUUCAUCCGUACUACAGGCAUAUCGUUCAGCAAUGGAAAUAUUUGUACAAGAAAUUUUUGCCGUAAUCGCACGAAAUGAUAAAUCACGAUCCAAAAUUAGUAUAACACGACGAUCAGCUGGAUUGGCAUUAAUCAUCCAAUCCGUAUUGAUUGGUGAAGCAGAAUCAUUUCAAAAGGAUAAAAUUAAAUUAUCCAACAAUAAUAGCUGUCCACGAACAUUGUAUGAACAAUUUAUUGAUUUAUUGAUACAAAUUGCUCAAUCACCAAUCACUAAUGAUGAUGAUGAUGAUGUUACAAUGCAAGAGAAAAUUGAUUUGCCGCAAGCAAAUGCAAUGCACGUUCUUCGUUCAAUAUUGGGCACAUCAGUUUUAUCACAAAUGAAUUAUAAAACCGCUGAAAUAUUGUUUCCAAUUUGUUUGAAUGGUUUCACCAGCACUCAUUGGCAGAUACGUAAUGCAUCAUUACAGUUAUUUGGUUCAUGCAUAACACGAUUAUUGGGACAGAAAAAACGAACAAAAUCAAAACCAAUGGACAACGAUGAUGAUGACAAUGAUGUGGUGGUGGUGGAAGAAGAAUCGACCAUAACAUUGAAUGAAUUUUAUAGUCGUUAUCCUAAUUUAUUGAAAUUAAUUUGUCAACAUUUUGAACAAUCAUCAUCAUAUGAAAAUCAUCGUCCAGAAAUAGUUCCUGUACUAGCAUUGAUAGCAUCAUUCACUUCAUUUGCUCAAUUUCAUUCAUUUCAUGAUGAUGAUGAUCAACAUGCGAGAUUGAUUGAAAUGAAAAAUUGUUUGAAAAAAUCAUUCAUUCAAUAUGUUGAAAAAAAUCGCUGCUGGAAAAUACGAAUGUUGGCAGCCAGAUCAUUGGCAAAUCUAUCAACAUUCGAAGAAAUGAAUGAAUUUCUACACAAUUCAUUUGAAUCGACCCCGAUCAUCAAAUCGAAUCAUUAUCAUGGACUUUUAUAUUGUGCCAAAUAUAUGAUUGAACAACACGGUAGCCAAGAUGAAAUUGAAUUUUAUCGUCAAAAACUUUAUAAUCGUUUCAAACAGCAUUCUCAAUCCAUACCGGCUUUUCAUAUUCUAAGACCAUUGUUUUUGUCAAUUUUCAAUGAAAAACAAGAUAAACAAAAUAAUAAUCUGGCAACAAAAAUCGAUGAAUCAAAUAAUGAUGAUGAUGAUGAUCAAUUGGAAAUUGUUUCACAAGAUUUACAUUGGAUACUGGAACGUACAUCAUUUAAAAAUCCGGAUAACAUUCGUUUCAUUGCUGCAAAACAAAUGAAUCAAUGGUUACGACAAAAUAACAACGCUGAUCACGACAUUAAAACAUUGAUUCUUAUUGCCGAAAUUGUGUUGACAUUGUUGGAAGAUGAAGAUCGUCAUGUUCGGUUUGAAGCACUGAAAAUUGGUGAAAUUAUUUUCCAUGAUGCAAAAAUUUUAUCCACAAAUAUAACCAUCAACAUGUUUAUCGAUUGGUUAAUCAAAUCCAACCAUAAUGGAUAUCGAGCCCUAUUUGAAUUGAUACUAAAACGUUUCGCACAAUCAUUAUCAUAUGUAGAACAACAAUCUGAUGGCCAGAUGCAAAAUGAUGUUUUAUUCGAAAAAGAAGAAAAAAAUGUUUUUGCCGAACCAUAUUUGAUGAACAUUCGAUUGUUGAACGCUUUUCUUCAUCACCAACAAUCAUCGAAUGAAAUUAUCCAUCAUGAUUUUGAUCGUGAUAAAUUUGAAAAAAUUUAUCAAAGAUUUCGUAAACAAUUUGACCAGCAUGAUCAAUAUGAAUCAUAUCGAAAUGAUAUAAUGUUUAAAGGUAUUUGGCGAUUACCGAAAUAUUUCCUAUUCCUUGUCGAUCAUCUAUUAUUCAUGCGUCUGGCAUUAUCAUUGGAACCAGAAAAUGGUGAUUAUCAAAAACAAGAAUCAUCCAUUCAUAAACAUAAUCCAUUCUAUUUGCAAGAAUUACUUACGGAAUUUCAUCCAAAUAAAAUGGAUUUAAUUCAUUUUUCACUAUAAUUAAC